AUGUUGCUGCAAUUCAAGAAUGCUGGAUUUUGUCGCGUCUUGUCUCAAAAUGUUCCGGUCUUACGAUUGCUAAAAACUAGUGUUCUGCAGCAAUCUGUCAAAACUCCAAUUCAAGAAUGGGGUUGGGAUUAUCUGUUGCGACAACGAGCUUUGAAGCGACCCAUCAGUCCACAUCUUUCAGUAUAUAAACCUCAGGUUACAUGGAUGGUUUCUGGAUUUCACCGUAUGGCAGGAUGUGCUAUGGCUGGUACAUUGUUGAUUGGUGGUAUUGGUUUUGCUCUGCUACCGUUAAACUUUACUACAUUUAUUGAAUUCAUUCGUGAUCUUGGGUUACCAUGGGUUAUAACCGAUACGUUUAAAUUUAUUAUUGCUUACCCAAUUGCUUUUCAUGCGUUGAACGGUAUCCGUUUCCUUGCAUUUGAUUUGGCUAUGGGGACGGAUAUUGCUUCCGUGUAUGGAAGUGGUUAUUUGGUUCUUGCGUUAUCGGCAUUGAUUGCAUUAGCAGUAGUGAUUGCACCUCGACUGAAGAAAGAAGAUUAUGGUGUUGUUGAUAUGCCAAAGAAAUAA